AUGGGCGGGCAUACUCUGACUGCGCGAUCGUUGAAUCUCCAUGAAGGUCGAUUCAAUUGGGUCUUCCUCUUCUGGUAUAUCGUCUCCUCUGCAUUAGCUAUCUUGUUCCUCUUCUAUUUCAAUCGCCUCUUCGCUAGUUUUGUCUCAUGUGGGAUCAGAGCAUAUACCUGGCACCGCUAUCGUGUGUACAUUGAUAUUCAGGCGCUUCAGUUCUCACUUCUGGCGGGUCGCAUAUUUUUCAAAGGCUUGCGCUACCACGGUCAAAACGAGUCCAUUUUAAUCCAUGAUGGCUAUAUCACAUGGAGAUAUUGGCUACGUCAUGUCCAGGAGCUUGACUGCAAGAACUCGAAUGGAGGAUCUAAGGCACCUGCGCCCUCAGAUAACGACUUUAAUCCCGCUGAUGGAGGAAGGACCAACGGAGGGGUAGAGGAGAAUGGCGGGAAUGGAAGGUCUCGGCGGCUGCCCUGCAGAGUGCUUGUGAAAAGUCGAGGUGUAGAAUGGUUCAUCUACAAUCGGAGUCCAGCGUAUGACGCCAUCCUUCAAAGCAUGAAAAGUCAAGAAGAAUUGGACCACACCAGUGCUAGUCCCUCGGCCCAAAGGCCGGCGGAAACAAGCAAGCCGGAUUCGACCCCCAAGUACCGCAACAGCGCUGACUCGUUCCAUGAAGAGGACGCGCUCUCAUCGGUUGAGCAAAAGGAGGAAAAGGAGGGCGAAGAUGAUGACACUGUUGCUGAUUCGGAUUCGAAAUCAAUAAUUACCGACAGCUCUGCUCAUUAUUCGACUACGACAUCUAGCGCGCUGCCCGGUUUACUGCAUAUGCUUCCAGUUGGAAUUGAAUGUAACAAAGGCGCUGUUGUAAUGGGAAACCGGAACACGCGUUCGAUCCUCACCGCCAAGUUUGACAGCGCCGCUGGGCAAAUCGACGCUCGGACUUCCGGAGCUGUUGAUCAGUACAAACAGGUGUUUGAUUUCGCCUUCUCUCAUCCCGUGAUUGAGUUCAAGCACAAUAAAGACUUCACGGAGUCGCAGACGAGCGAAGGAGCUAAAACAUUUUCGAGGAGCAGUAGAGCGUUCGAGGAAAAAACCCAAUGGUUUAGACGUGUAGAUCACAGGAGGCGAUUUCGCGACAUUUGGAUCUCAUUUCGUGACCUUUUGCCUUAUCACAGAGGUUCUGUGGAGUCACUGAUUCAUCCGCACCCAAAGUCAGGCGGCGCUCACAAAUCGAGUGACGACGAUGCUGGCGUCUUCGGGCAGAAUCGGUGGCUGGGACUUACUCGAUAUCUGGACGAUGAUGAUGACCUGAUCGAACAGGAACGUUGGAAAGCAAUCGACUAUGGCGCAUUUCCUACUAUCGUUGACUCGCCGCAAAUUUCGAUGAGUAUUUAUUGGGAUGUUCCUGGUCUGGUUCCGCACCUAGAGAGUACUCGUAAUCCUCCACCUGGGUUCGAGACAGACAUCAAUGGGGACACUCCCCCUGACUGGGGUAUAGAGCUGAAGGUUCGAGGGGGGAAUAUUAGCUACGGUCCGUGGGCUGAUAGACAGCGCGCGGAUUUGCAGGCAGUAUUCUUUCCGACGCUCUACAAAGAUGCUGUCCCCGCCGCAAAGCUACGACCCGGACAGCCUCGAGUUAGCACUGUGCUGAAAGUUGUGCUCGAGAUAGAGGAACAGACUACACUCCGAGUGCCAACGCGAGAAGAUUCCAAAGACUGGAAAUGGAAAGGACGUACAGUCGCCUCAAGUGCGGCGGAGGCCAAACGAAAGAAAAUGAAAGGCCAUGCCAAGACCAAUAAGGGCAUGAAAGCGAGCCUUUCUCCGGAAGCACGCCCUUUUGGCUGGCUAGACAUUAAAGUCCUGCCUGAUUCAACAGUCAGUUUCGCUAUGGAUCUGGUGGCUAGUUCCAGUGGAUACAUGAAUCACGUCGAUUUAGAUCUCAAAGGAGUUGAAAUGUCGUCAAGUGUCAAUCACGGCCUGCUUUGGCGGUCCCAGUCGCAGGUCGUAUCCUGUGAUCUUUCCAAUCCUUUGCGCUGGAAUGCUUUGCGUCAGUGGCACGUGGAUAUUAAAGGCAAUGGCUUAGAGCUAUUUAUGCUCCGUGAUCAUAUGUUCUUAUUGACUGACCUCGUCAACGACUGGACUUCCGGUCCUCUGGGAGAGUUUCAUACCUUCGUUCCGUUCGAAUACUCCAUUAGUCUACGUUUCGCUGAUUUCAAGCUAUAUCUCAAUGCUAAUGAUUCAAACAUAGUCAACAACCCAUCAGAUCUCGAUGACAACACUUUCGUUAUCGUUUGGGGUCAGAAACUGAAAGCUGAUCUCGUGAUUCCCUCGAAGAAUUUCCGUCCUGCAAAAAAUCGAGUAACAUUCAACAUUGUGGCUACGGACGGAGGAUUCGAGCUUCGGACCCCACCGCGCAAUACGCAGCACACCUACCUAGAUAGUCCAGAUGUCGCCACUCUGAAGGAUCUCAAGAUAGAUGGAUCGUAUAAUUACUUCACCACUACGUCACCCAGCUUGACGGACAUUCUUCUCCUAAAUGUGCUUGGUGUAGCGCCCCAGUUUGAUCUGUAUGGUUUCCUGAUACGAUACCUCAUGAAGAUCAAAGACAACUACUUCGGCGACGACAUACAUUUUCGCACUUUAGAAGAGUAUCAGAGUCAGAUCAAUACAACCGAAGGAAAGAAUUUGGAUGAUCCAGCUUCUGGACAGCACAGCCGCCUCAGCAACGACCUAGAUGUUAUUCUGGGUGUUGCUGCAGAGGAUUCAUGUGUCCUUCUCCCCGCCCAUCUCUACUCGUCCGAAAGGAAUGUUAGGCUCGAGAUCCCAUCGAUAGUCGCGGAUCUUCGUAUCACAAAUUAUUACAUGGAUCUUGCCAUCACGUUUAGCCCUAUUGCAAUCUCGCACACGUCUCUUUUUGGCCUUCGCCAACCCGAUCCUGAAGCCUAUUCGAGUACACAAGUGUUCAUCGAUGGUCUUGAGGUCUUUGGUCAUCGACUGUUCGGCUUGCCUCCUACUGAGCCAACAUAUGUCUGCAAUUGGGACUUUGACAUUGGAUACGUACGAGGUGAAUGUACGGUCGACUUCUUGCACUGUCUCUCAAUGGCACUCAGAUGUUUCACCUUGUCGUUCGACGACGCUGAGAAUGCCCUGCCCCCUUUGAAUCCACCAACAAUACACGACGUUACAUUCUUGCGUGCUCGAGUACGACCGAUCCUCGUUGGACUACGGAUCGACCAAACGGCCUUCCUUCUGAGUACUCAAGAGGUGAAAUUUGAAUACAAUGACUGGGCCAGGUCACAGUUCUCCGAUCGCUUGUACGUCCUUGUGCCAGAUUUGGCUCUGAGUGUAAUGGAUGCACAUGGGGUGUCAGUCGACCGAGGCCUCCAGAGAUCCGUCGCCAAUACUCAUGCAUACGUGAAAUUGACAUUGGAAAUGAGUAAAGUCAAGCGUAAACUGGACUUCAAUGCGGACCGUCACCUGCAACAAAACCACAUUGCUCUGCACGAUUCAAGAACACAUCGAGUUCCGUGGCUGGUCCUCGAACAGGACCCACCUGGUGCUUCGAGCAGUCGACCGACAAAGCAUAGGCCACCCGCAAUGACGUUUCCCUCCAUGCCCGAACCAGUAUCAACACCAGUUGGUAUGACGGCUGAUGAAGAUUCCACAAUAUCGGGCACAGGCUUGUCGAAAAAAGCGUCUAGCCGUAGAGUUUCAUUCCUAAGCACAGCCUCGUCAAGACAAGGCAUGGUUGGUAUACGCGAUAGUGGCAAUAGAACAUUGCAUCGCCAGGAACGGCAUGCAAGAAGUCCGCAUUUACGCUCCCAGGGCACGGAAUAUCAUCCCACAGUCGAAAGCCGGGUGAGUAAGGAACCUAUUUCACCCCUAGGACAGCAAGACUCUCACAUCGACUCUUCAGUGAAGCAAGCGUAUUUCGCUCGCUCGGGGCUGGCUUUCACUAGUCCGUACAGACAACCAUAUUUCCCUCUCCUUGCGGUACAACCAGACAUUAGCGAUGUACCAAUUUCCCCGAAGCACUUGCCCUUUGACGCGUUCGUGACCGAUAGCAAUGCGUCGAACAUUCCGAGGCCUCACAUCUCCGAUCAAGGGACGGAACAGUCCAGCUUCAUGGUGAAUUUAGGCCGAGGCGUUCAGACUUUAUGUACACCUAAAGCACUUCUGGUGGUGACUCAGUUGCUUGCACGGUUUCAGACUACCGACGUAGUGGCCCUUUUAGACACGUUGCAGCUUGAUGCAAUGACAGACGUUUUGAGUGCCGAAGCAAAAUGCACGGAAGGCGUCCACAUCUCGGACGUCAGGAUUUUUGUGCCUUCGGUAGGUGUGAGAUUUAUCAGCACAAACAACAGCAAGCCAAAUGAUACCAAGCGCAAUGAGCGUUACGAUGUGAUCCUAGAGAACCUUGCUGUGACCGCAAGAUCCUCCGAAAACUUCUCUAACAUCACGCCGUCUUCCCUGGGUUCUCAAUCUUCCUUCCACAUAGUCCUUGAUAAAAUGAUCUGCUCAGCGAGGGAAUCCAGGAGCAACAACGCAGAAGAUCAAGCCAUCAUAAGCCUUUCUAUUCGGGACCCAGUGGCGUGGAUGUGGCGUGGCACGAGCUCAGCUGCUGAAUUGCAGUUCCAGACUCUUGAGAUAGAGAGCGCAAGCAGGAAAGUCAAUUACAUCUCAUCGCUAGUCCAGCAGACUUUAGUCAUGUCCGAGGACUUCGUCCAGCGUUUCAGAAAGAUCGAGACCGAGCGAAAGUCCCGCCUUCGGCUACUGGUGCUACUACUUACUGUUGAGGGAAAAGAUGUCCCAGAUCCGCCAUUCCUGACUAGCGCUUCAUCUGUAUUGCGUAGCGCGUCUCACCAUCUUAGGACUAGCGACUCCUGGAAAAUGAUGUCUCGUCUUCGCUAUCUACAUUGUUGUCUGCCAGCUCAUUCUCGAGACAAGAUCCACGCGCAAUGUGUCCAUAAAUUGGCUUCGUGCCCGGAGGAUGCUGGAAGUCGGGUCAUCGCGAGCUUCGACCACUGGCGUACGUGGGACUUGGCUCAUGUACGAUCAAGUCUCUUGAUGCAAAAAGUGUUCGGUCAGUUGUUGACUUCACCUGCACGAGAGAUCCAAAAGCCGGUGCCUACCAAAGCUACUCUUCGGGCAGGAGCUAUCCAGAUCCUUGUCGAGCCAGGGCCGAGUCAAAAUAAAGUGGCCUUCGAAGAACUUAUCAUCGGCGCUGCUCUACACCAACCCAAUAUACCCCAAGGUGUCUCUUCUACGUUGCAGCCGUCACCUUCGACAAGGUCAACGAUUCAAGUACACUGUGCCAAGGUCGCCGUCCGUCUACAUUGGGCUUUGUUGGAGCUUAUUGAAGACCUGAUAGAAACUAUUCAAAUUACACAGAUCCCAUAUCGGAAGAACACAAGCAGCCUUGAAGCAGCUUCUCGUUUACCACCCCAAGACUCGUGCUUGCACCUUGCAGUGUCCUCCGAUGUCAGCAUUCUCACUUUGGAUUCGAAUAAUCUUAAUAUAAUAUCGCUCUGCCAAGGCCUCCGCGUCUCCAUCGUCUCCUUGCAAGAAGGCGCUGACUCGAGAAUAUCGCUAUUAAGUGUACUCGUGGAUGCCGAUGCAGCGACCUCGGAGAUCCAGCGUCGGUCUACGAAGUUGACUCUAUACAAGCUGCGACAGCCAAAAGUCUUUGGCUCUAAAGAUGGCGCAAUGGACAGAACCGCCGAGAAACCGUGGAAAGUUGUUGGCUCCGGCGAAGACGUGACUUUCUCAAUUUUGGCGAAUCCGUUAGAGCUGAUCGAGGUUGCCGACAGCGUCUUGAAACACGAAGUGGCACACAUCACCCAAUGGGCGAAAUCUCUACAGCUUGCUAGUUCUCCUGUCCAAUCGAAAUUCGCCCACCGAUAUCCUGCGGGCCUUCCCCAAGUCCAUGUCGCUUUGUCCCUUGACUCUUAUUUGAUAAGUCUUAAUAUGUUGCCAUCUUUGACGUAUCAAAUUCGUGGUGAAGGAGCUCGCACUUCGCUCAGAUCAGCGCUGCGUGGAAGAUAUGACUCUGUACUUGAUAUCGAUCUGAAGCAGCAUUUCCACGUCUUCAAAUCCUCGGUGAACGAUCUGUCGAAUGAGCUGUCCACUUUGCACAUGCCCCCGGUCAACGUUCGUCUUAGUAUUAAUCUAGACCCAAGCCAGAGGUCAGUGGUAUUCAGUGCUCUGGUGGAAAGCAUUGUCUUUAAUGCAUCGGCUGUGCAUGCCAUACUCACUGCUGUCAAUCGACCGGAAAUGGCCAGCCUUGGAGAGAACAUAAGGGAGGGCGCCUCGUCAAUUCAAGAUCGUUAUAAGCAAAUCUUCGGCACAACGAAGUCUCGCAAUGAAAUCUUGUCAACGGAGCCAUUCCUGUACAAUGCGUAUGUUACUUUAUUGAGUCUGGCAGUACAAGCCAAUACAUCAGACGCUUUGUCUGCUGCACCGGGAGCCCAAUUGCAGAUAACGAUGGGCCGUAUAUCACUAAAAACAACGAACAGAAAUUUGGGCCAUGGAGCCGUAAUGAGGUUUCCCGAAGCGGAGGUUCAAUUCAAAGGCAUACAGCUGAAGCUCUUGCGCUUUGACAAUGACGAAGUACGUGCGUGUGGUAAUGUAGCAAUUGGGGCUGUCAUGAGAAGCACGUCGAAGCCAAAUGACCAAGGUGAAUUCGUCCGUGCCUUCCAAAUCCAAAGUAGCAGCCUCCAGAUCAAUGUGUAUACCGAUACCGCUUCUGUUGCAGUGGCCAUACUUGCUAAUUUGCAAGAUACCCUCAAGACUGUGGAUUUGUCACAUGAAGUCCAAAAUCUGAGAAGGUUGAGGCAUGCAAGACUGCGCAGGAAUGCUGCAGAUCAUGGUACUGUCCGGAAAGACGAACGUCAUGGUAAUGCGGAAAGGGCUGCUCUUUUCAGUUCGAUGUAUUCUUUGGAGAUGACAAACAUUUGUGUCGCGUGGAAGAUCGGAAGCUCUAUACCCAUUUCUCCAGGUCGGGAGCCUGAGGAUCUUAUCCUUUCCUUCGCCAAAAUUGACCUUUCCACCAAGAAGGACAAUGCGGCUCGCCUGCUCAUUCAGGACUUUCAGCUGCAAAUGGUCCCUCAUUCAAAAUCAUCGACGGUUCGAUCCCAAAACUCAGCCCUUCUGCCAGAAGUAGUCUUCAACGUGGCCUACGUAUCCACAGGACAAGACCGCAGACUAGCGUUCCAAGCUGCCGGCAAAUCACUGGACCUUCGGCUAACAUCCCAUUUCAUUCUGCCGGCGAGCGAUCUGCGACGUUCUAUUGCCUUGUCAAUUCAGCAAGUGCGAACAGCGACGUCCGAUUGGAAUGCAUCUGCUACUACGGGUGGCGGUCAGAGAAAGGCGUUGUUGAGCGACAAAAAGCUUGCUUCACUUCUUGUAGAUGCCGAUUUUGCAGGUGCCGUGGUAUUUGUACAAGGCCGAAGCCUUGUAGACGCCCAUUCAUUGGCUCUCAAUGUCCUUCGAGGCGUGCGGCUUCCACAGCACGGUCGUUACAAUCAGUUCACCCCAGACAAUGCAAACAACAGCAGUACAACCCUGCGCGCGCCUGGGAUCGCCUUUAAGGUCGAGUAUCGAAACGGAGGGCCCGAUGAUCAAUCUCUCAAUGCGGAAAUGAAGAUCGAUGCAUCUUCAAAUAUCUUGUAUCCGACGGUUGUGCCUUUGAUCAUGGAAAUUUCAUCAAGUAUCAAGGACGUCGUUGGAGACUCUGGCGUACAAGAACAGGCGGCCAAGCCUAGCCUCCCUCAGCCGAAGUUCCUUGGCGAUGAGAGACUCCGCGGCGCAGAUCCCGUUGCCAUUUUUGGUAAUUGCAAACUCAACUUGGGUCUUCGCAUCUGCGGGCAGGAAUUCAGCCUAAGCUGCCAGCCUAUUGCACGUGUUGCAGCGACUGCACGUUUCGAUGAUAUCUAUAUCACUGUCAAUACUGUCCAGUCAAAUGAGCACGGGAGAUUCUUUACGGUGUCUGCUGCUUUUACUAGGCUACAUGCAUCUGUACAGCAUGUCUACUCGCGAGAGUCGACCGGCAAUUUCGAGGUCAAUUCGAUUGUCGUGUCUUUGAUGAACAGCAAGCACGUUAGCAACGCCAAUGGCAUUUCUGCAAUUCUCAACAUCAGCCCGAUGAAAGCACAGGUCAACGCGAAACAGUCACAGGACUUCUUGCUGUUCCGAGAAAUAUGGGUGCCUCCAGAGAUCCGAAGAUCUGCUUCCGCUGCUGCGCCGGUGCCGGCAUCAGAAUCUCAGGCCUUCAUUGUGCAACGCUACCAGCACAUCGCUGCGGCGGGUGCGUUCCCCUGGAACGCCACUGUCUCCAUUGCUGAGCUCGACGUUCAGCUGGAUCUGGGACAGUCGCUCGGUAAAUCUGCUUUCAUCAUCACCGGCUUCUGGAUCUCGUCCAAGAAGACGUCAGAUUGGGAGCAGAAUUUAUGUAUAGGGUUCGAAAAGGUGGCAAUUAACAGCACUGGCAGAAUGAGUGGCUUCGUCGAACUGCAAAAUUUCAGGGUUCGCACAUCAAUACAAUGGCCAAUUGUAGAAAGGGCGCACAAUCAGACGCCUUUGGUACAAGCUUCUCUGGCCUUUGAUGGUCUGCGAGUCAAGGCUUCAUUCGACUAUCAGGUUUUCUUGAUCGCAGAUAUCACUAUUUUCGAGUUCCUCAUGUACAACGUCAGGGACCUCCAGCACGUCGGCCGUGACAGACUGGUCGGCGUUCUUGAUGGGAACAAAGUGCAGGUAUUUUGCACCACGACCAGCGCUUCACAAGCCAUUGCUUUAUACCAAGCUUUUCAGCGACUAUAUCAGGAAAAGUUAACGGCGUAUGAGACAUCUCUUAGAGACAUUGAGAAGUUCCUGCGUCGAAAAUCUUCUAUCAACCCAUUGGCUAUGCGUGCAGCUGUAAAGAGGCAAGGGGAGACUGGCGCAGAAGUCAACAGAUCGCCCCUCCGGCUGCAAACCAAUGUGGUAGUGACGCUCAAGUCAGUCAACAUUGGAGCUUUCCCCAGCACCUUCGUCGACAGUCAAAUCCUCAAAUUGGAAGCGUUCGAUGCUUCAGCUCGCUUUGCGGUUGUCCUAGAAGACGAAAAGAUCCAUUCCACCCUUGGCAUGACACUGGGGCAACUUCGCGUCGCACUCGCGAACGUCACUCGGGCUAGCGUUCCGAAGAUAUUGGGUGAAGUCUCGAUGGUAGACGUUGUGGCCUCUGCAACAAAUUCGGGGGGUGGUACCAUUCUAAAAGUGCCAAAAGUGGUAGCGAGUAUGGAGACAUGGCAGAGCCCUGAAUCGACCCACAUCGAUUACAUAUUCAAAAGCUCUUUUCAAGGCAAGGUCGAUGUGGGCUGGAACUACUCGCGGAUUAGCUACAUUCGAGGUAUGUGGACCAGUCACGCCCGUUCAUUGGCACAGCGCCUAGGGAAACCUCUACCACAGUCCGCUGUCCAAAUAACAGGCGGACCUCGGCUCGAAGGAGAAGAUGAAAGUCGGAGACCUGGUGAGGGCGAACAAGAGAAAAUUACAGCAGUUGUCAAUGUGCCUCAAUCGAAGUAUCAGUACACAGCUCUACAGCCACCUAUCAUUGAGACACCGCAGUUGAGGGAUAUGGGCGAAGCGACGCCACCGCUGGAGUGGAUUGGACUUCAUAGAGAGAGGUUACCAAACCUGACUCACCAGAUAGUCAUCGUGACACUUCUAGAAGUAGCCAAGGAAGUGGAUGACGCUUACUCGAAAAUUUUGGGCUCCUCGUAG